UUUUGGUUUUUGCAGAAAGCCAGAAACCUCUCUCUCUCUCUCUCAACUGCGCUUUUUGAGUUUUGUUUGUCUCUCUGCAAAUUGGAUGCAUUGAACAAAUAGAUACAGUGGGUAGGUGUAUUUGUACAAGUGUGCUUCUGCUGAUGAUUUCAACCUCCACACUCAAAACACACAACAAUCUCUCAACCCCAAAUUCUUCCUUCGAUUCAGAUCGGACUGUUAAAAGUUUCUGAUUUUUGGGUCUGAGUUUGAAGAUUGCCUGGAGUGGUUAUAAGGCUGAACUAUGGUAUGGGUUGAUAUAUUUGGUAAUAGGCCUUCUGUAAUCACAAUUUCUUAUUGAGAUUUGGUGAAUGGGGAUACAGACAAUGGGUUCUCAAGGUGGGGCUGAUGGUAAUUGCAAACAGUCGCAGUUCCAGCCUUUGGCACGACAAAACUCAAUUUACAGUCUCACGCUCGAUGAGGUACAAAAUCAGUUAGGUGACUUGGGGAAGCCACUCAGCAGCAUGAACCUUGACGAGCUUCUAAAAAAUGUAUGGAGUGCUGAGGCCAACCAGACCAUGGGUAUGGACAUUGAAGGCACUACACUGGUCAAUCAAGCUACACUGCAGCGUCAGGCAAGCCUGUCAUUAACUAGUGCAUUGAGCAAGAAGACAGUUGAUGAGGUUUGGAGAGAUAUUCAACAAAGCAAAAAUAAUGAGGAAAAGAAAUCUCAAGAACGACAACGUACUUUGGGAGAGAUGACCUUAGAGGAUUUCUUGGUAAAAGCGGGAGUUGUUGCUGAAGCUGAAGCAUCUUCAGACAAAAAGUGUUCUGCUCCUCUAGCCGUGGUUGAUGCGAAUGUGGCAUCUCAGUUUCCACAAGGUCAGUGGCUGCAGUACCAACAACCACAAUAUCAGCAUCCACAACAAAGUAUGAUGGGGGUAUACAUGCCAAGCCAACCUAUACCACCACCACUGCACAUAGGGGCUGGUGCUAUAAUGGAAGUGCCGUAUCCUGACAACCAAGUUGCGUUGCCUUCACCCUUAAUGGGUACAUUGUCAGAUACACAGACACCUGGGAGGAAAAGGGGCAACCCAGAGGACAUAGUUGAGAAGACCGUUGAACGGAGACAGAAAAGAAUGAUAAAGAACCGAGAAUCUGCUGCUCGUUCACGAGCACGAAAGCAGGCUUAUACAAAUGAACUGGAGAACAAAGUUUCACGUCUAGAGGAGGAAAAUGAAAGGCUAAGGAAACAGAAGGAGCUAGAGAAGGUGUUGCCAAGUGCACCACCUCCCGAGCCAAAGUAUCAGCUUCGUAGAACGACGUCAGCUCCAUUCUAAAAUUUGUAUCUAUAUGCAUCAGCUGCUUGUGCUUUGCUUAUAUCCCUGUGAUGAGGUUUUCCUUUUAUUCACUUCUUUGUGACAUCAGUCGCAUUAGGAAUUUUCAUGGGACCAUUGUGUAAUCUCACUAUUGUCUGUAAGACUUGUCCAGAAAAUUUUAGCGUUGCGUUUUUUCAA